AUGAUAACAAAAGCGAGGUUCGGGGCGGCGCCGCGCGGCACCAACAAAUAUCACAACAAUGCUCUCCUUGCCGAAUAUACCGGGAAUAGAAAUUUUGAAUUAGUGUGUUCAAAGGGCUUGUGUCAUCAAGACAUAUCCAAUAGAAGUUUAUUUAAAUUUAUUAUUCUCGUUAACGCACGUCAAAAAUUUUAAAUAAUGUCAUAUCAAAGUUUGGAGCCUCAUUUGAAAAAUUUGCGCUUUUGUGGUUUCUAUCCAUUGAGCAAAGAAGCGAAUAAAGGUCAUCAAAUAUUACACAAGCUGUACAUGCGGUUCAUUUUGUCUUUGAUUCUGCUUUAUACUGUUCAACAAAUUAUAAAAGUCUAUCAAGUACGAGACGAUGCCAACAAAGUUAUGGAUACAAUGUUUCUACUGUUAACCAAUUCAGAUUCUAUAUACAAACAAGUUAUUCUGUGGCGAAAAGCGGAUAAAAUUGGGGAACUCUUAGCCGUGAUGAAAGGUUUUAUAUUUAAUUCGCCUUCCGCGUGCCCUCAGAAAUUGCUGUUAAAGACAGCAUUUCAAGCCAGGUUACUCCUUCGAAUAUUUAAUAUCGUGGCACUUGUGACUUGCCUGCUUUGGGUUCUAUACCCGGUGAUACUUCACUCACAAGGCAAGCCCGUUGAAUUGGCAAUAUGGCUGCCAUUUGAUACUAAUAUAAGUCCGCAUUUCUACGCAGCAAUAAUUUAUAUAUGGAUUCAAACAUCUUGGCUUGCUUACUGCAAUACUACGAUGGAUGCCUUUGUGUCUUUUUUCUUUGCACAAACUAAGACGCAACUAAGAAUUCUCAGACAUAACCUAGAAAAUGUAAUAAAAGUAUGCAAAUUGGAAAGUAAAAAAAAUAAACUACCUUUAGAAUUAAUUUUUGAUUCACAUAUAAGAAAAAUAUUACUCCAUUACGAAGAAAUUAUAAUAUUCUCUAACAAAAUCCUGAAUAUAUUUGGUGGAGCUUUGCUCUAUCAAUUUUUAGUUAGCGGAUGGAUAAUUUGCACCACAGCCUAUAGAAUCGUUAAUAUCCACCCGGCUUCGAUGGAGUUCGUCUCAAUGAUAAUGUACAUGUGUUGUAUUUUAACAGAGAUAUUUCUAUUCUGUUUCUUCGGUAAUGAAGUUACGCAUGAGAGUGAGCGGUUGAAAGAGUCCGUGUAUGAAAUGAAUUGGCUGGAGAUUCCCUUGAAGUACCGGCGUACUCUUAUCAUCUUUAUGGAAAGGAUCAAACGACCCAUAGAUCCCAUGGCGGGUGCGAUAAUACCGCUGUCCAAUAGUACUUUCCUUUCGGUCGUGAAGAGUUCUUACACUUUCUAUACCUUUUUGAAGAACACUGAAAAAUGAAUAACGAAAUAACAUUAAUGUAACUUGA